AGAGUAAAUAAGUUAUAAGUUAGAGUUGUAAAGUAGAGUUUUGAGUAGUAAAGUGUUAAGUUAUAAGGAAUUAGAAAUAAAGAUUAGUGUAUAGCCAUUAAAGUGUAACUUUUAUUUGACAGUACAGUGAUCGAAUUCAGGGUAGAGUUUCAACGUAAGCAACAGUUUUUGGAAAUCCGUUACAAUAUUUACUGGUUCCUUUGUUAUUCAAUUUUAUAUGUAAAUUGUGGCAAUAAAUAUUCAUAUUCAAGCAAGCAAGUCGUUGUCAAGGGCAACGGACAAUUUGACGAGCAAUUAUAAUCAAAACAAACAACGAACUCUACAAAUGAAAACAUUUUUUGUUGUAUACCGGUUUAGUAGUGCUGGAAUUAAAAAUGAAUCACACAUUUCCAAAGCAUACGGGCAUCUAUAACAUAAGUGACAAUAUUGAAUAUCUAGAAUUGGAAGUGAAUUUCCGUCAUAUUAAUUCCUUGUUGAAAUUGCCAAAGUUCGAUCUGACACGUAUCAAUGUCAAUAACAAUAGUUCAACUAAAAAGAGUGAAAGUUUCGAACAAACUGACGAUACGAUUUCGUUGACAAAAAUUCGUUGGCAAGAAAAACUUUUAAGUCCAAACGAGAUUGAAUUAUAUAAAGAUGAGCGAAAUUGUAUCACGGAUACCCAGAAGAAGUAUAAUCAGUGGCUGUUGGAUGCUGGGGUCACAGGAGUCACUCCCGCACGCACUUCGUCGGUGGUCGAAGGGAACAAACGUAGACAUAAUAAAAAAAGCAAUAAGAAAUCGCUAAAAUUAGAAUCUCUAUCCAUAGAUCGUUGGGGUGAAGUAUUUACCUAUGUACAUGAGGACAACUUCAGACCAAAUAACAGUGCGCAAUUGCUGAUUAAUAACAAGACUGAAAAAUCUAGCUUUGCCGGAGUCGCAGAGGGGCAUACAGAGUUUAUGUAUAUUUUUGCUGCGAUAUCACCAUACAUACAAUUAAUGUCGCUUGCUUGGUAUCCGGCGCUGAGGCAAUUACACGUUUAUCCAGAUUUCAAUGAUUUCAUAGUGAAUCCCUAUUAUAUCGAAAUUGAUACAGAUUAUCGGCAUUUGUACGCUUUUGCUGUGCACAAUGUCUCGAAGCGCAGAUACGUUGCAAGUCCAACACCCUACUUACAGCUGCCAGAGUUAACAGCGCAUUGGCAAGAGGAACGAAAUUUGAGCACUUUAUUUGAUAUGCCGCCGAAACGCACGACUCGUAUAUCACUGCUCUUUGAGUUGCGAAAAGCUAGUGGAUUCAGUUAUGACAAUAUUCAUGUGCGUUAUCACAUUCAAUUGCCCGCAAACACCAUACUCGAAGAAGGUGUGCUGCAUGCCAGUACACAUGCCUGCUCACCCACUUCGAAUAAUGUUGAAUGCCACUUCGGUUAUAAUUGGCAAAUGACUUUGCUUUGUGAAGAGGAAUUCAAUCCCGCUCACUUGCUGCAUAUAUAUUUUGAGAUAAUUUCAAUCGACAGCUAUGGACGUGAUCGUAUUGAAGGGUACGCACACUAUUCCACAUAUCUUUUAACUGGAUCGAACUCGGCGGAACUGCAGUGUCUACGUCCUGCCGAAAGCAUAUUGGACACACUCACUCGUUAUCUAAUUGGUGGACGUCGACAAUUUGAUUAUAUGCGUUUUUAUACAGACACUGACAAUGAUACAAAACUCAAAUCACGCUACGGCUUUCGUAUGGAGAGCACGGGACAGCUGGAGUUUAAUUGCCAAUGCUUUACACAACGUAACUGCGAGUUACUGCAACCAUGCAAAAACAAAACGAGUGGAAUGACUUUGGAUGAUAUUAUGUUGGCAUAUCGCGAAGCUCGCAGGAACCUGGAAGCUGUGGUGCUGAAGUAACAACACUCAGUUUGAUUAAAAUUCGACAAUAUUUAAUUAUAUUACAUUAAAGAUCCCGAUUUAAAGAAGAA